GAUGGUGCCUGGUGGUGCCUGGAGCCGAGGUGGGGCGCGGGGCGAUGUGGUAGUGCAGUAUGGCCGGCCAGGUGGUGGCGGCGGGAGAUAUAGACGUGGACUUCCUUCCCAUUAUUUACCAGUAUCUCCGUUGCUUGGAGAAAGAGCAGCCUGACUUGGGUAGGGUAUCCCAGGAGUCCAGCCUGAAGGUACUGGAGCUGCAGCGCAAAAUUCAGACAGCACGAGAGCAGGUGCGCAAGUUGCCAGGAGUAGAGUAUAGCCGUGAGGAGCAGCUGCGGCGCCUGGAAGCCUUAAGGAAGCAGCUGGCUCUCAAGAAACACCUCCUCCUUAAGUAUAAAGCGAAGAGCGAGGUGCAGCACUAGGGAGACAACUCUAUAAGCAAAGGCACAUGUUAUUUGGCAAUGGUGCUGCGUUACUUGCUGCACCGACUCAUCAAUAACCCACAAUUGAUAGAGAAACUGUCCGAGUCAUAUCCCAUUCGUCGGGCUGCACAGCUCACUGCAUACGCUCUACAGCAGGGUAAGGAGACCAUCAAGGAAGCAGCAGAGUCUGAGGCAAGGAAGAAGGUGGACCAAUUUAGCCAAACCUUUACUCAGGAACUCAAAGAAGGAUUUAAGAAGAUUCAAGAUCAACAGAAGCAACAAAAGUAAGCUGGUUGGUUUUGGUGAAUUCUUGCAGAUCCUCAGUUUUAGCUUCCAUCUUUUUCUCUCCACUUCACAACAUCAUGCCUGGAGAAGCCUCCCCUAAGGAUGGUACCCAAGGAGAAGAAAAGAAACCAAAAUGCAAGGCAUGUUGUGCCUGUCCAGAGACCAAACGUGUGCGGGAUGCUUGUAUUGUGGAAAAUGGUGCCGAGAAUUGUCAGAAGGAGAUUGAGAACCACAAGAAGUGCAUGAAGGAGAUGGGUUUUGAUAUUUAGUGUUGCAGGACAGCAGUGUAAUACACAUGGGACAUAAUCAGCAAGUUGAUUUUUCUUUUUUUUCUUUUUUUUUUUUAAAGGACAAGGUUAGUUUAGUAGCCAUUGAGUGAUUAAUGCUGAUGGUAGAAGUCUACAGUCAGAAGAACAAUGACAACAACAUCACAGAAACACACCUUAUUUGUAGCAGAACCAAUGGGAGACAAGCCUGUCACAGAGUUAGCUGGUAUAGGAGAGUGUUGGGCAAGCGGCUGGAGAACAGAGGAUUUGACAAAGCUUAUGUGGUCUUGGGUCAGUUCCUGGUACUUAAGAAGAACAGGGAGUUGUUUUUAGAGUGGCUUUCUGACAUGGUAGCUGCUAACUCCAACCAGGCAUCUGAGUGUUACCAGUGUCUAGCUGAUUGGUGCAGUGAGUUCCUGUAGACUUGUUGCCUCAGCUAAGGUGAAGUCCAGCCAUCUUAUCUUUAGCUAUGGCUCUCAGAAACCAUUCAGCAGUGACUGUUGACUCUACAGACUCUGAUCAGAACCGUCUAUUACCAGAACACAGUCCUACGUCUCACUCAUCUGACAAUGCAUGGUCAUCUGUAAGGAGAGUGAUCUUGGUUCAUGGUGUGCCCCAGCGAAUCCUCCUGUCCCUGGUACCGCCACUAGUUUAUCCACAGUACCAGCAAGUGUACUCUGACCUCAGAGGACCUUUGCUUGUGGUAACCACUCUUGCCACCAUUAUUCUGUAUGGCUUACAUAAUCCAGAACAGGCACUGGCUUGGGAGCUGUUGACCACAACAAAACUAAGUCUGGGUUAUUGGCUGGGAUUUUCAUUGCUGGCAUUCUUGUUGGGGCAUUGUUUUGGGACCACCUUGACCCUGCCCCAGCUUGCCUCAUUGGCUGGUUACAGCUUGACAGGCCAUUGCCUGGUUCUCCUUGGAGCAGAGUUGCUGCACCAGGAGGAGAACCACACAGUGUUCUUCCUGCUGACCACUCUGUUUGGAGGCCUUGCCACUGGCCGCCUGGUAUUGUUGGUUCUGGCCCGCACACCAAAGCCCCCACACAGGUUACUGAUGGGCUCCUCUCUUGCUUCCAUACAUCUCAUGCAUCUCAUAUACAUCCAUUUUGCUUGCAUGAGGAAGUUUAAUGUGUGAAAAGUGAAGAUGUAGUAUGGAAUGCUGCAAGAUAACAUCUUUAGCUGCCCAACUCAUUCCUAGUUACUAUAAUUUCAAAGUUCAAAAUGAGAUCCUUGUAUUUUAAGAAUGUCAUUUGCUAUCCCAUCUUUUAUUUUAUUAUAAAAUUUUUAACGGCUUGAUUUGUUAAUGUAUUUCAUUAGAAUUGCAAUGCUGCUGAUCAAAGCUUGUUGUAAAUAUGUAACUGAUCAUUAAAAAAGAAAACCACAAAUAUUAUGCUCCUUACCAGUAUUUGUUACAUUAUGCUUUUACUCAUUCCAUACCAUACACACAAAUUGCCUUUUUUCAUCAUAAGAUAUCUUACUUGCAUUGUGCCAUGCCAAAAGAUCAGUCUAGUUUUGGUAUUAAAGAAUAUCAUGUACACAUGGCUUGAUCUUACAGAAUUACAUACAUCACUAAAAACCAGUCAGACUCGCCUGAUCUGGUGUAAGUUUGUAUCAGCAAGUUUAUUUAAAAGAUAAUGUAAUAGAGGAUGAAUAGAAGUAAAAGUGAACUUUUACCACCCUAAGGUUUUUAUGGUGUUCCAAAGAUCAGGUAUUGAACUAAAAAUGAGAAGGAAAGUUUCUAAUAUCCUCCUUAUGAAAGAUCUAGAAAUAUGGAAUAUUGUGUUGUGGUGUACAAAAUGUAAAAUUCUUAUUUUAUUAUUCUUCUGACCAACACACAACUAUGAAAGAUUCAGUUGUGCAUUGUACCUUGAUGUGAGAUACCCAAUUAAGCAGCAGAAGUGACCCUUACAGUGUAGUCACUGGGAGAUCAAUCCCAUUUCCCCAAGAUGCCUGAAAGCCAAUAUGUGAGGGAAUGCUUGUGUAUGUGAUUGUGAGUAUGAAUGUGGACAUGCGGACAUGUGGAUCUGCACGUAAAUGCCUGGUUUUGACUACCCUUCUUUGUAAGGGAUGUUGACCUGGUACUUAGAUAGACUUUUGUAUUGACUUAGAUAUUGAUAUGCAAGCAAGUAAAAUGAUGUUUUAUGUUCAUAAUGGAAUAGAUUUGGUCAAAAAACAGUACAGUAGUGUGUAUCUUACACUUCUUCAAAUUAUGGGACAAAUUUAGAGAAAAUAUAAAUUGAUGCUCCAUUAUGAAAAAUUAAAAUAGGAAUCUUUUUUUGUUUAAGAUAUAUCAGAAUGGCAUUUUACAUUUUAAUUAAGGAUUGCAACUUUGCAAUGGCACUACUGUUAAGUGUAAAAUGUAUCUUUGAAGAAAAUGCAUUGAUAUUUAGACUACUUGUUUGUGUUUAAUAAAUGGAGGAUUUUAGGAAUGACAAAAUCAUUAUAGACAGGAAGAAUUUACUGCAUUAGCUGUAAAGCUUCAAACACAAGAUUCUCAUGCCUUAGUUCUUGGUAGGUGUAAACAGUAAGAAUGCCUUGUAUGGUAAUCUUAUUUCAUGUAUUGUGUGAUCCUUUGGGAAAAUAUAAGUUUGUCUUUAA